AUGAACGAAUUACUUGGCACAUUAAAAAUUAUAGAAAAUUGUACCAGUUGUAUACAAAGAAGAUAUGAUCAUUUUGAUUUAUUUCAUAAAUCAUUAAAUGAACUAAAAAAGGUCUCAGAAGAGUUAGGCAAUGAAGGAGAUGAUGAAGAUAAGAAAGCAAAAAUAAUCUAUAAAUCAGAUGAUAAAUUAAAUGAAUUAGAUGUUAAAAUAAAUAGAUUAAGAUUAUGUUAUGG